AUGAAGCCUCCGCUAUAUGCGACUCUUGGUGCUUGUGCCCCUGGCGUACCUGUUACAGCAGCCUUCACGGCAGCGGCGGAUAUCUGCACCCGCAUGGGAGGGCUCGCCACUGCCACUCUAAGAAACAGGAGCUGCCCCAUAGGGAGAAGCCUCUUCAAAAGAUACCUUCUAAGAAACUCUCGAGACAGCAGCGAGUGCCACCCCAGCUCUAGCAGCCGAAGGCUAUGUGCAUGCGGCUCAGAGGACGCAGAAUCACGAGAGUGCGGCUUUAGGGGGAAGGGCGUUAACUGGAGUGAAGUCGAGUUCCGCAGUAGCCGGAGCGGCAAACCAGGGGGCCAAAGCAGCAACAAAAGCAGCAGUAAGGUGCAGCUGCGACUCGAUAUCAAGAAGCAAACCUGGCUGUGCCGCCUUUUGCAGGAACGGUUACAGCAACAGCAGAAACACGCGGUGAGCGCUGCAGGCGUGCUAUUGUUGCGGUGCGAGGACACCCCUUCACAGCAGCAAAACAAGGAGAGGGUGAAGCAGCAGUUACUGCUGCUGCUACAGCAACUGGCUCAACAACAGGAGCAGCAGCACAUCCCAGUAGAACAGAGGAAGACCCUUCAGGAGAAGAGGCAGUGGAGGCAGAAGCUAUUUGAUCAGAAGCGCAUCGCCGCGUACCGUCGCCAGUGGCCUUAA